CUGGGAUUUGGAGAGGUGACGGAAGGUUGGAGAACCUCUGCGCUCUCGGUGUGACGCGGUGGAGGAAUCAGGGGAAAAUUGAGGAAAUCUCUUGGGAAGGGAAGGCAGAUGAGGCUGAAUGGAUGGAAUGAGCUUGGGGGAAGGACAGGGGCGGAAAGGGCGCUCUCAUCCCGAGUCUGGAGACUUCGGUUUAAUUCUAGGAGUUCUGCUAACCUUUCUGAGCCUCAGUUUCCUCAUUUGUAAAAUGGAAAUAGCCCUUGCAGCCGUUAGUGUUACCGAAACGUGAGUUAGUGCCGUGGGAAGCCACGUUGGGCCCGCAUUUCAUGUGGGGGCGUGGUCUUUGCCUUGAGUUUGGAAGGACACCAAGACCCCGAGGAGCAUGACGGGAGGAUGGGGAGUAUGGGUCAUCCCCAAAGCACGGAGACGGAAGAUGCUGAGGAAGCAGGCCAGGAUGGGGGUGCUUGGGGAGGACGGUGAUAGUAGCAUGGCCAAGCUACUGGCCUCCCCAAUGGGCUCCCUAGAGGAAUCUUUACCCGGUUUGCAGAAGUUUCCCUGCUGUCUUUCCAACAUAGCCCAGGAUUUCCUGGAGGAAGAAUUGAGACUGAAUGCUGAACUGGACAAGCUACAGUUCUCAGAGCCUGUGGGCUUUAUUUAUAAUCCCUUGAAAUAUGCCUUGGAGCUUCAUCAGAACUAUGUCACCAAAUACUGCCAAGGUCCCAAGGAAGUGCUGUUUUUGGGCAUGAAUCCAGGGCCCUUUGGCAUGGCCCAGACUGGGGUGCCUUUUGGGGAAGUAUCUGUGGUCCGGGACUGGUUGGGCAUUGUGGGGACAGUGUUAACCCCACCCGAGGAACACCCCAAGCGGCGAAUCUUGGGGCUGCAGUGCCCCCAGUCAGAGGUGAGCGGUGCUCGCUUUUGGGGCUUUUUCCGUGCCCUCUGUGGGCAACCUGAGACCUUCUUCAGACACUGCUUUGUCCACAAUCUAUGCCCUCUUCUUUUCUUGGCCCCUUCUGGGCGCAAUCUCACCCCUGCGGAUCUGCCUGCCAAACAGAGGGAGCAGCUCCUGGGAGCCUGUGACACUGCUCUUCGACGCCAGGUGCAACUUCUGGGUGUUCGCCUGGUGGUAGGAGUGGGGCGGCUGGCAGAACAACGGGCUCGCCGAGCACUGGCAGACAUUGUGCCUGAGGUUCAGGUGGAAGGGCUCCUGCACCCUUCUCCUCGAAGCCCACAGGCCAACCGGGGAUGGGAGGCUGUGGCCAGAGAACGGCUGAAGGAGUUGGGCCUCAUGCCUCUGCUGACAGUUGAAUGAUGUAACCAAAGUGUGCCCAUUCAUGAGUUGAAGACAGUAGAGAAAACCAUUAUUCUCAGGCAUAGAAAUUCCAUGCUGUGUUGAACAUAUGUGUAAUAAGGUGCUAUUUAUACAUAUAACAUCCUGCAAAUCCCGUCUAGGGAGCUGGAAAACGGUCACUUUUAUUCUCUGAACUCUUUACACUAUUUCAGCCAUAACACUAUUUAUCUCACUCUCCCUUCUACUUCAGUGCUUCCUCUCUCCUUUGAGUCAUUCCUCUUUGGAAUACACUACAGUGACUUGCCAAGUACACACUUUCCCAGAUAACAUACUUUCUAUCUCUUCCUCCUCCUUGGUGGUCUAGCUAAAUGGUUUCUGGUGAUGAUAUUAGCAUAUACAGGGGAUUAACUUUCUGUUCUCAGAGAGAGACCCCAACCAGAAGCCAUGUCUAUCUCUAGAAAACUUUGGUCUUGCCUUUUUAGGAUAAGGGUAUGAGAAAUGAGCAUUAUUGCAAAGGAGAGAUCAAGGUUACAUUUGGAGAAGGCUUUCUGACUCUGGAGAGUUGGAGGCACUGAAAUGCACUACCAAGAGGAGACAUUUCUGUUCUUGAAGAUCUUUUAUAACAAAAUACUUUCAUAUUCAUACUUUUUGGUAAAGAACUGUUCUGCUCAGGUGGAUCUCAUGACCUCUAGGAAAACUUUUUUUUUAGCCUGAAAACUUUAUUCUGGAUGCAAUUAAAUCUCUAAUCCCUC